AUGGCGUUCCUCACUCCAGAUGAGGCCGCCCAGAGCCAUGCCAACCUGGUCCGGAUUCCGAGCAUCGUAUUCUUUGUCGUCACGCCCAUCUUCGUCUUUAUCAGAUUCUGGAAUCGUAUUUCGAGGAGAUCGGGGCUGGGUUGGGACGAUGGCACCAUUGCUGUGUCCUUUGUAUGCACUCUUUUGGUGCAGAUAUUUAUGAUGAUUUCGUGCAAUUACGGAUUCGGCAAACACAUUGCGUCCUUGUCACCUCACGAUAAACUGGAAGCCCUCAAGGUACAGCUCCACUAUAUGGCUUCGUCUCAUGAUUUAUGCUCACACAUCUACCCGUUGGAACAGUGGUUUUACGUCGCACAAAUCUUCUACAAGCUGACCAUUAACUUGACGAAAAUGUCGAUUGUUCUCUUAUAUCUGCGAAUAUUCGUCCAAAGGUGGUUCCGCAUCGCGUGCUACAUCCUCCUGGGUAUCGUUACAGCCUACUGCAUUGCGAGCACGUUGACUUCGAUCUUUCAAUGCCAUCCUAUUUCAGGAGCUUGGGACAAAUCCAGCAAACCAACGUGCAUCAGUUUGACAGAGAACUGGUAUAGUAACGCCGGUUACUCUAUUGCUACUGAUGUUUUGAUCCUGUUGUUGCCGAUGCAGCCCAUCUGGGCGAGCAAGUUGCCAGUCAACCAGAAGCGAGCUUUGAUGUUUGUCUUUGCUCUUGGUAGUUUUGUUACCGUUACAUCCAUUCUGCGUGCCACGACUCUCAACUUCUCGACAACCAGCCCUGAUACGACUUUCGACAUUACCUCUACACUGUGGACCAUUAUCGAAGAAAACGUCGCCAUCAUCUGUGCCUGCUUGCCCAUGUGCCGUAUUGUCCUGGCCUUCCUCUUCCCCUCGGUCUUCGGAGGCAACACCAGCAAGGGAUCUACUGGAGCCUCAGGUGGCCUGGGAUCAGGGAACCCUAACAAAUAUGGAUAUGCUCGUUCUCAGUCCCCUUCGCGUCGCCAAAGCUGGAAACCUUAUUCUGGACCGGGCGGUGAUGGCGUCAGCCGCAGCACGGCUGCCCACCAGAGCGACGACACGAGCGAAGAAUUCAUCCUCACAACAGUACAAAGACAUGGAUCAACGGAUGGUGACGACGGCGCUAUAAGAAAGACUACGAAGUAUGAAGUCUCAUACGAAAAUUGA